UUCUCUUCCCGCCAUACUUUCCAUUUUUUUCUCUCUCUCUUUUCAUUUUCGUUCUGCGCUCCCAAACGCUCCAACUUCCCCCACGCAAUGCUUUCUUCUUUCUGAGUCUUCAGAAACCCUAACCGUGGUUUCAGAAUCUUCAUUAGGGUUUUUGUGAGAGAAAACCAUGUCGAGCGCGUUAAACUGGAGACACCAUGUCGUGAUUCAAUCUCUGUUGUCGCGGGGCCCACUCAGCGAGAAGGACUUGCACGCCAUGUUUCAAGACCUCACAAAGCGAAACCCAGGCACUGAGCGGCAACUGUUUGAUAGUUUUAUUCUGAAAAUAAACAAGGCGCUUAGUUGUGCUAAUUUUGAGUUGCGUGCUUGCAUAGAUCAAUAUGAUGGCCAAGUUUACUAUGGAGUGGUGAAUACUGUUUCUGACGAACAUUCCAAGUUAGGGACGAAGUAUACCGUUCCGCAAAUUGCCUUUUAUAAGGCCAUUAUUGAAGCAAUAGUACAAGAUGCCUCUGCAAACGCUGCUAUCUUCAGCAUUCAUGCUCUCAAUCUUAGUUUGGAUAGUCAGGUUACAAUUGUGACAGAUUCACAAUCUCAAGGAAGCCAGCCAAAUGUCCCAACUGCAUUGAAAAAUUUCAGUUUGUCUCAAAAGGAAAAAACCCUGCAUGAGCUCGUGCGGGACCAGUGGCUUGAUCUGACAACAGAUGGUGUUAUAAGACUUGGCCUAAAGUCAUUCCUUGAUCUUCGCAGUUGGUUUCGAAAUAAUGAUCUUCCAUCCUGUCAUGUUUGCAAUGAAGCUGGAAUAAAGGCAGAAUUAUGCCAAAAUGAAAAUUGUACUGUACGAAUUCAUCAUUACUGCUUGAAGCAACUUUUCUUGCAGAGAAAGGUUGCCGAAGUUUGCCCAAGUUGUGGCACUUCAUGGCCAUAUACAGUACCCAAGGCAGAGGCCGAGCAGACUGAAGAUGACAAUGAACCUAGAGGAAGCAAACAGGUGAUUAAAUCUGAACGAAAGAGGCGAAGAGCCAAUAGGGUUGUUGACGAUGAAGUUGGAAGCAACAAUCAGGAUGAGCUGAAUGAAAGUAGAGAAAGCCAACAUGGUAAUGGUUUAGUACAGAAAAGAGGCAGACCACGUAGAUCUGAUGAUGCAGAUAUAGGAGGAUCUGAUGCAUCUCAAUCUUUGACAGCUAUUUCUGAUGCGAGACGAGUAACUCGAAGUUCUGCUCGUCUGUCGUAAAUCAACAAUGGUGCCUUCUUAUACUGCUUCUAGGAACAGAGAGAAGAGACUAUGAAAUCAAGAAGAGGAAUGAGUUUCUUGAGAGUUUGGAGAGCAAGGAGUUGUGACGUAGGAGUUAUGGCAACGAAGUCACUACAACGAAGAUCUGGUGAGGGGAGUGCUAGAUCUGGGUUUGAAAUUUGAUAAUUUUUAUAUUUUAUCUUUCAUAUAUGUUUUCUUUUAUCAUUGUGUUCUUGAAGUUUGAAUUUACAUUUUCUCGUUUAUUUUUUCAAAUAUGUUUUGUUUUGUAAUUGCAUUCUUAAAAUCAUUUAUAGAUCUGUAAUGUUUAGUAUGCAACAACAAUGGGUUUUGGCGAUUGGUAGUGUCUUCGAUGAGGGUGGCGAACCUAAUGCCGAAGGCAUUACGGGAUGCUCCGUUGGGGCGGUCUUAGAGGUGAUGAGGUUGUCUAGAUCAUCAAGGGGUUCUUUCGACGAUGGUACACAACAAUGAGAGAAGGGCCCAUGAGAGUCGGAGUUAGAGAAGGUGAGAUAUGUCAGAAUGUGGAUUUGAUGGGGGCAAGUCUAAGACAAGCUCAUACAAUCAUUAAUCUAAUGGUUGUAAUUCCUUGUGCACAAUGGGCCACUUAUGUUGGUGGUUCACCUUAGAGGUUGUCCCAAAGAAAAUAUAAUAUUUAUUAUCUA